AUGGAAGCUAGUAGCAGCUAUCCCACGGGCAGCGCACCCCCACCUCAGAGUACGCCAUACGUCUACCAACCCCAGGUACCAGCGCAAGUCGGCCAGCACUCUGCAUCAGCCAACGAAGGGUCAGCCCCUCUGGUCACAGUGAGCUAUCCAGUGACCAACCAGACACCUUCCGUGCCUGCUGUCGGGCAAGCCAGUGAGACCACGGGAUCGGCCCAAGAUACCUCGGCUCCUCUGGUCACGAUAACUGCAUGGAGUCAGCCAGGCUCGGCCAGUACUGGUCAACAGCCGGUGGCUCAUCCACCUGCUGGCAAUGUCCAGCAAGCGACCGUGAUGCCCUCGGACCACCACGAAGCUGUUGCCAGUACGGUACCACAUAGUGGACCCGCCACGGUGGCCAGUUCACAGGGAGUCCAGGUGCAGCCUAGUCCCGACCCAUCGCCGGUCCCUUCUGUGGCGGGACAAGGAGCUCAGAUGGAGUUCCACCAGGCCGCGGCGACUUCAUCAGCACCACCGGUUAGUGGGCAAGACAUGUUUACACAGGGCAAGGACGAGCAGGCCUUCGCUCCUUCUGCACCACCAAUGGUACCACAGCAAGCACAAGCACCGAUGUACGCUCAGCAGGCUGCUGCUCCUAUGCAGCCGAUGGUGGCAGGGCCUCCAACGCCUGCUGGCCAGGUAGUGGAGGAGAUCCCCGAUGUUGUAGAGGAAACGACAGUCAUUGAGGAGGGCCUUCCAACUGAAGUUAUCAAGGAAGAGACCAUCAUCACCGAUGAUGGUGUACAGCCUGGAGAAACAAUACGAGUGGUCCAUCAAGUGCCCGAGACAAGCGUUGAGACUCUCGUUACUAAUGACGUUUACGAGCAGCCAGAUGUUGUUGUUGUGGAGGAGGAAGAGGAGGUCAUUCCUGGUGAUGUUGUUAUUGAGGAGACUACUAUCAUCGAGUGA